AUGUCUUCGGAUGGACUCAAUCGACGCAAAAGAGUUGUCAAUAGAAAUAUCGACACAAAUGCGGAAAACGUGUCUCGAGUGGUGUCACAAGAAGUGUCGCCCGAAAGACAACAAAAUCACAGUAUUAUGAAGAGAGUGAUGAGCGGAAUGGCGCUCUCGAUGGCUAUUCUUGCGAUGGUUUACUAUACGACUCAAUCCAAUGACACCAACGAAGUAGUGAUGGCUUUGGCCACUCAAUCCAUAACGGGUUUACCGAUCGGACGGGAAGUCAUGUGUUCUCAAGACUAUAACGAAGACAGAGUUCGGUUCCCGUCUUGUGUCACUCAAAGAUGCGGUCGUUUUGUGUCCGAUUCGGUGAUCACUGAAUCGGAAGCCAAACACUUGUCAAUCGCAAAGAAAGGCCUAUCAUUGGGCGGCUCUUCAGGCGGCCACUCUGUCCUUCACAUGCAUUCCGGCCAACUCUCGAUGGCAACAAAUUUCGUGAAUAUCUAUAAACUCAUUGAAAGGACACAACGGAAGGAAGAGGACCUCAAAGAGCUGUUCACCGAAAAUGAAUUAAAAGUCUUCAGAACAGUGACGAACAGAAUCCGCAAAACGAUUGCAACCCAUUCCGGCAUCCCUUCGUCGCACCUGUACUUAAGGAAACCGACGCACUUCUCGAGAUACACGACAAAGAGAGCCCAAGUCAUAUACGACUUGUAUUGGAAACGACAUGUCGACAAACGGGGCUCUUAUAAGUACAAUCAGUUCACUGCUUUGCUAUAUUCGCCGACGAGAUGUCGAACCACGCGAUUGAGCCUAAGUUGGGACGACUCUUAUGGUUCACAUCCGGCGCAGAGAACGAGCACUUCGUCGAGAGGCUCACCUCCGGGACCGAUAUGUUCUGUAUAUACCCCUCACCUGUGA